AUGGAUAUGAAAACACCACCACACCAUAAUUCGGCUGUUCAACCUGCGAUUUCGCCUAAAUCAAAUUCUGACAAUUAUCGUCAUUCUAGUUCCGCGGGUCCUGUUUCUCCCCGCUCUUGUAAUAGAACGGAAGGUCAAGGCGUUUCCGCUAUUGUUUGUGCCAAUUGUGGUACAACAACAACGCCACUUUGGAGGCGCGCCCCUAACGGAGAGACGAUUUGUAAUGCAUGUGGACUUUACCUCAAGGCAAGAAAUACUGUGCGUCCACCUUGGUUGAAACGAAAUGCUAUCAAAAAGUCAACUCCCGCAGUUAAUGAAACACCUGAUAAUAAUAAUAGUAAUGGUACGUGUCCAGGUGAUGGUCACUGUGAUGGAACUGGUGGCUCCAGCUCUUGUGAUGGGUGCCCCGCUUUCAACCAACAUCAAGUUAAUCGUCAAGCCUUGAUCUGCGCGAAUUGUGGUACUAAUACUACUCCUUUGUGGAGAAGAGAUGAGUCUGGGAAUACCAUUUGUAAUGCUUGUGGUUUAUACUUUAAACUUCAUAAUGUUCAUCGUCCCGUGACCAUGAAAAGGUCAGUUAUCAAGCGUCGUAAGCGUGUUGCUUUGGCUACUUCGCCUCCACCACCUACCAAUCAAUCUGGUGGUUCUGACAAUGAACAUUCUUCUCGUAAGAGCCGUAUUCAUCAUCCUCCAACUCCUGCCUCUACACCUGGUUCAGAGCGUGGUUAUAUUUCUUCGGAGGAUGAAAUCUCUAUUGAUGAAUUAUCUUUGUCUAAUCGCAAAAGAAAGGUUGACGACCCUUUAAUCUCUAAUAAGCGUCGUUGCAGUUCAAACGCUAGACAAGUUCCUCCAAUCGAAGAUUAUGUUUGCAGUAAACUUGGCAGUGCUAUGUGGGAUGAACGUAGAAAAAGGAGUUUGAGUCCUGUGGAACCAUUAUUGGCAAAUCAAGUUCAUAUUCAUAAUAAUCGUAUAAUGGGUACUCCAAGUGUUCCCUUACCUUCAGUCUUCCCCCCUCAAUACAAUGAUGGUUCUAGUUCUCCUAGUCAAAACUCCUCUAGUUCUAUUUCUGCUUUAUUGAACCCUACUACUCCUACUAGUAGUGGUCAUCAUCAAUUACCUCCACUUAGUUCUAUUCCUUCUGCAAACAUGGUUUCUCCAAGUACCCCUUCUCAUGCGGGUUUACCAAUCCCAACAAACAGUCCAAUUUCUACUCAUCAGCCACAAUCCAGCUCCGCUUCAGAUCGAAACAGCAUACAACUCUUGCAAGCUCAUCGACAAGAGUUGCAACGUGAAGUCUCUCAUCUUAGUAUGCUUCUUAACAAAACUACCGCUAUUUUGGUCGAUCUGGAUAAAGCUAUUAGUUCUAAUGGUUCCCUUCCUAGUACCCCCUAUGGGUCGCCUGAUAGAUCUUUGACAAACAGUGGCAAUAAUUACGGAAACAGUCAUACUAUACAUCAUGGUAUGCCAACUCCUCCUUCUGAUGCUUUUCUUUCUCUACCUCCACUUGCUCCAUCGGGUUCGGAUGGUUCAGUUUCUCGUUAA